AUGGCUACUGUUACACCCCGCCGGUUCGCCCCGUUGAAGGAUGGAGCCGCGGCCAACUCAAACGCCCCGCGGUUGAAAGGCAUCGUCUUUGACGUUGACGGAACGCUAUGUGAACCCCAAACAUACAUGUUCAAAGAAAUGCGCGAUGCUCUCAAGAUUACAAAGUCCGUCGACAUUCUUGACCACAUUUACGCUCUCCCGACCCCAGAGGCCCAAGAAACGGCAAUGGAGUCCAUCAGACAGAUCGAGAGGACUGCCAUGGCGUCGCAGGUCGCCCAGCCCGGCCUCGUCGAGCUGAUGUCUUACCUCGACAGCCGUGGUGUCCGGAAGGGCAUCUGCACCCGCAACUUCGAUACGCCCGUUACCCACCUCCUCGGCAAGUUCCUGGAAGGCUCCCUCUUUGAGCCAAUCAUCACUCGCGAUUUUCGUCCGCCAAAGCCCGACCCUGCCGGUAUCCUGCACAUCGCCAAAAGCUGGGGGCUGGUCAAAGAGGCACCGAUCGGGGCUGAUGGUCAAGAAGCGCAGGGCGAUGCGACUGAGCUCAUCAUGGUAGGAGACUCAAUCGACGACAUGACGGCUGGCCGAAGAGCGGGCGCGGCGACAGUGCUCCUCGCAAACGACGUGAACGUGCAUCUGGUGGACCACGAGCAUACCGACCUCGUAAUACGGCGCCUGGAUGAACUGAUUCCUAUUCUGGAGGAUGGAUUCCACAGCAGAGAGACUGGAGCUGCAUAG